AUGAUUAAAACAGACAGACAGACAGACCCCCCAGGGUACAGACCCCCCAGGGUACAGACCCCCCAGGAUACAGACCCCCCAGGGUACAGACCCCCAGAAAGACCCCCAGGACAGACCCCAGGAUACAGACCCCCAGGGUACAGACCCCCAGGAUACAGACCCCCAGGAUACAGACCCCCAGGAUACAGACCCCCAGGGUACAGACCCCCCAGGAUACAGACCCCCCAGGGUACAGACCCCCCAGGGUACAGACCCCCCAGGGUACAGACCCCCCAGGAUACAGACCCCCCAGGGUACAGACCCCCCAGGGUACAGACCCCCCAGGAUACAGACCCCCAGGAUACAGACCCCCAGGUACAGACCCCCAGGGUACAGACCCCCAGGAUACAGACCCCCAGGAUACAGACCCCCCAGGUACAGACCCCCAGGAUACAGACCCCCAGGGUACAGACCCCCAGGAUACAGACCCCCAGGGUACAGACCCCCAGGGUACAAACCCCCAGGGUACAGACCCCCAGGAUACAGACCCCCCAGGAUACAGACCCCCAAGGUACAGACCCCCAGGAUACAGACCCCCAGGGUACAAACCCCCAGGAUACAGACCCCCAAGGUACAGACCCCCAGGAUACAGACCCCCAGGGUACAAACCCCCAGGGUACAAACCCCCAGGAUACAGACCCCCAAGGUACAGACCCCCAGGGUACAGACCCCCAGGAUACAGACCCCCAGGGUACAAACCCCCAGGAUACAGACCCCCAAGGUACAGACCCCCAGGAUACAGACCCCCAGGGUACAGACCCCCAGGAUACAGACCCCCAGGAUACAGACCCCCAGGGUACAGACCCCCAGGAUACAGACCCCCAAGGUACAGACCCCCAAGGUACAGACCCCCAAGAUAUAGACCCCCAAGAUAAAGACCCCCAAGGUACAGACCCCAGGGUACAGACCCCCAGGGUACAGACCCCCAGGGUACAGACCCCCAAGAUAUAG